GUUCAUUCGUGUCCCGGCUGCUGCGUGGAUAACGGUAACGGGUCAUGCUCUGCCGCUCGCUCCUCCGCCGGGCCCAGGCCGGGCCGCAGCGCCUGUCCUUGCAAUAUCCCCUACAACAUCUCUUGGAUUGCUAUCAGUGUAGUCAGCAAGAUGACCACCUUUCUUAUGGAGAGAUGGGAAUGCCAGUUCCUCCUUUUGGUUGCACCUUUUCUACAGCUUCAGAUUUGCAGCAUGUACUUGCAGUCGCAAAUGAAGAAGGCUUUGUUAGACUUUAUGAUACUGAAACCCAAAACAGUGGCAAGCAGAUCUUUAGAGAGUGGCUGGCUCACUCAAAUGCUGUCUUCGACCUUGCCUGGGUGCCUGGGGAACACAGGAUUGUUACAGCUUCAGGAGACCAGACAGCCAAGGUGUGGGACGUGAGGGCUGGUGAGCUGCUUGGCAUAUGUAAAGGUCAUCAGUGCAGCCUCAAGUCAGUUGCUUUCUCUAAAUUUGAGAAAGCUGUCUUCUGUACUGGAGGCAGAGAUGGAAAUGUCAUGCUCUGGGACACCAGAUGCAACAAAAAAGAUGGAUUUUACAGGCAGGUGAAUCAAAUUGGAGGAGCCCACAACAUAGUAGACAAGCAGAUACUCUCCAAACCAAAGAAGAAAAAGCAGAAUCUCAGAGGACUUGCCCCUUCAGUGGAUUUCCAGCAGAGUGUGACAGUGGUGCUGCUUCAAGAUGAACACACCCUUAUCUCUGCAGGAGCUGUCGAUGGUGUAAUCAAAGUAUGGGACUUGCGCAAGAACUACACCAUGUAUCGGCAGGAUCCGGUGCCGUUCAAGUCAUUCUGCUACCCUGGGAUCAGCACUCGCAAACUGGGAUAUUCUAGUCUGGUUCUGGACUCCACUGGUACCAGUCUGUUUGCUAACUGCACAGAUGACAAUAUUUACAUGUUCACUAUGACAAGUUUAAAGACCACUCCAGUGGCAGUCUUCAAUGGACACCAGAAUUCCACCUUUUAUGUCAAGUCUAGCACUAGCCCAGAUGACCAGUUCCUGGUUAGUGGCUCAAGCGACCAGAGUGCGUACAUCUGGAAGAUUUCUGAGCCCCAUCUUCCUCCCAUGAUGCUCCUUGGUCAUUCUCAAGAGGUUACCUCCGUUGCCUGGUGUCCUUCAGACUUCACUAAGAUCGCCACAUGUUCUGAUGACAACACUGUGAGGAUUUGGCGCUUACGGCGUGACUGUGAUAAGGAGAGACUGACAUCAGGCAAAGUCAACUUGGUAGGCUGGGUCUGUCAGAAGAAACCAGAAGAGCAAAAUGGAAUAGUAGUACCAGUCAGCACGCAGAGAACUCCUGCAAAAGUCUCCAUGGUGGGUAGCCCAUGCAUUUCCUCACCCCGGCCAGCAGCUUGUGCUCCCAGCUAUGCUGGGGACCUUCCUCUUUCUACCAACACUCCAACAUUCUCUCUCAAAAACCCAACAGUCGAGGCCCACACUCCAGCGAAGCAAAGCAAAGCCAUAUCAGGCACUUCUCCCAAACCAUCAUCUUCCACCAAGAUGUCCAUUAAAUACUGGGUUACCAGGACUCCAUACUCCUCUCCACCAGGGAUGGGAACAAAGACGCCUUCACCAAGAAAAGCCUUGGCAGAGGUCACACAAGGUCUUCCAGAGGCAGUUGGCACCCCCGUAACACCACACUCACUGUUUGAGAAGCGAGCCAAAAGGAGGCUGGAGUCCAGCAAGGGAGAUCACAUGGGGCAGAAGUGUCUGAAAGGCUGCAGUUGUGUGACUGAGCUGGACCCAGUGGCUAAAAAAUCCAAGCUGGAUUUGUGCUUCUUGGCAGCAGGCCAAAAGGCCUGUAAUGAAGACUGUCUGAGCCUUGCUGAGUUGAAUAAUGGAACUGAAGGCUGUGGCCAGAGCCCAAAGGAGACAUCCCUUCCUGAAAGCCCUCUUAAUCAGGCAGGCUUCCAGACUCCCCCUCUUCCUUUAAAGAACUCCUGCAGGAAAGGGGCUGAUGUGCUGGACAAAGAGAACAGUUCACCUGGGGAAAAAAACUGGCUGUCUGCAAUGGGAGAGAAGCUGAAGACUAGUAAGGCCAGUAGCCAAAAAGCAUCAGGCAACAGCCCCCCAUCCUCUCGGAGUCCCAGCACAAGACAAGAGGCAGCGACUGCAGCCAGUCCAUCGGGAUCUGUUGCAGUCACUUCAGUUUCCAUGAGGAAGAUCUGCACGUACUUCCAUCGAAAGUCACAGGAUGACUAGUGCAGUGUGCUGCAUUUGAAAGGAACUGUAGCCCUGAUUGUUGACACACUACUAGUGCUACCAAAAGUGGAUUUAGCAACACAGAAGGAGGAAGACACUAGGAUUAGCCAAUGCAUUGUUGGCCCUUAAUAAAGUUGGAUUUUUUUUA